UCACAUCGAAUCGAAGUCAGCAGAAAUAAAUUGAAGUUGCAGGUGCACAGUGUGACUGGCCAGAGCAGAAAGAAAGACAAACAACUUUCCUUUAUUAAAGAACCAUGUAUCUUCAGCCCAGAAGUGUCCUCUCUUGGAGAGUCGCAGUCCAUAGAGCAUAAACCAUACAUUGCUCAAUUUACUGACAGCUCAAAUAUGCGGACUUUAUUUCUCAGCCCCAAGCUGAGAUGGGUCUUUCUGCUCAUCCUGACUCUCUCUCCAAUUCUCUUAGUCUUCCUCUCAUUUUCAAAUACUGCCUCCUUGAAAGAUGAAUUUGAUCAGACAUCUAACGACAGAGUCCAACAGCUAGAAGAGGCGGUAGAAGAGCUUCAAAAACAACUUGUUGAAGAGAAGGACUUGGAAAAAGACUUAACAGAUACUUUAAAGAAAUAUAAGAAGAUUAUCAUCAAGAGAAGUAAAGCCCCUGCUCCGGCUCCGACCUAUGAGGGAAAGAUUCUUGACUGCCAAGAAAUUGACCGAAUUAAGAUCACACAGAAUAUUGCACAGGGUUACAGUAAAGUUGUGCAAGAAGGACAACUUGGAGAUAAGUACUAUGCAGUCAAGAGUGCAAGCUAUGAAGUGAAGAAUGUUAAAGACUGUGUGAAUAGCGGAAAAUACAAGAAACGAGAAGACUGCUUCAUUCUUGGAUCAUACCAGGUUCUUAAAGAAGCCAUGAUGCUGAGACAGCUUCAACAUCCAAACAUUGUCCGCCUCUUGGGUCUGUGUGUUCGGAGUGAGAACAGUAGUCCAUUGAUCCAUGAGAGAGGAGUGACGGUGGUGGAGGAGCUUGGUACUCCUGUACUCCUUCAUAUCUUGGGGGAAAUGAUCUUCCGUUCUAAAGUAGAGGUGUGCCUUGACUUAGCCAGGUUGUUACACUACCUAGUAGACACUCCUUUGGGUAGUGUUGCUAUAACAGACUGGAGGGAUGAGCAAUUUGUGCUUGUUGCUGGUGAGAUGAAACUAGCCGAUGUAGAUGGAUUAAACAGUAAAGAACCGCCAUGUGAUAAAGAUAUGAAGUGUCUUAUCAAUGAUUUGCCAUCCGGUUUGAAGUGUGCCCAGAAUAUGGAAUGUCCAGGCACCAAUGCUAAGACCAACCUCCUCCAUGCUCGCACUCACUUCCUUCAACCACUGCUUGGGUCAGGCAUUCCCAUAGAGUUCUUCAAACACACAUCCAAUCUUCUACAGGAUCUUGACAAAGCCAACUUAGAUGCUGAGGAUCUUGUGGAGCGACUGGAGGACUUGAUGAAGUUUAUUGAUAGCUACACUCAACCCCCACCACUUGAUAUAGCUAAAGAUUAUCAGUAUUGAUUCAAGGUUGGUGUCGUCCACUGUACGUUUAUCAUGGAACUGCCGCAGUAAGGUAUGAUGUAGCUAAAGCGAGGCUGGAAGUGGAAAGGGAAGUAGUCUGGUUCCCUUUUAUAGACUCGUUAUGCUAAUUGUUAACGGAUACAAGGAAUGAGACGGCAAUGGCAGCAUCGUGAUAAAUGUUCACUUACAGCAGUUGCAUAAUAAAUAUAUUUCUGAGCAAAAAUAUGAGUUGAAAAUCUCAACACAUAUGUUGCUGGCAAAUCUCAAUUUUUUUACAAAAUCAUAAAUAGGAACAUAUGUAUUUAAACUGUUCAUCACAACCAGCCUAUGCAAUGAAACCACUUCAGUAUGUCUCAGUAUCAAUCCAUUCACAUUAUAUUCAUGGCCAAUCAUGAUGUGUUGAACAUGAAGCUCAUUUCGUGUUUUUCUUGACAAUGCUUGCAAUUUGCUCAAUCUUUACCCACAAUGUACUACCUAAAAUGUACACAGUGUCAGUUUGUGAAUUUUGUCUUUGCAGUAGGUUACUCUGUUCUUCCAGUUGGAGUUAGAAUCAUAUAGAGAUGCCACAAAAUGCUGCAUCAGCUUUUGCAUCCAUUCCCCAUACUGCAGUGUUUUGGGGUAUGAAGCUUACAACACAGUUAGCUUCAAGCCUUACAUACAAUGUACACAGUGUCAGUUUAUGAGAGGUGUCUAAUUACAUUAUGUUACUUUGUUCAAGAUUCCAGUUUGAGUUAAAAUAUGAAGAUGCCACAAAAUGCUGCAUCAGCUUUUGCAUCCCUUCACCAUACUGCAGUGUUUUGGGGUAUGAAGCUUACAACACAGUUAGCCUCAAACCUUACACGGUACACAGUGUCAGUUUAUGAGAGGUGUCUAAUUACAAUAUGUGUUGCUUUGUUCUUCUAGUUUGAGUUAGUAAAACAAAGAUGCCGCAAAAUGCUGCAUCAGCUUUUGCACCAUUCACCAUACUGCAGUGUUUUGGGGUAAAUGAAGCUUACAUCACAAUUUGGCACAAACUAUACAGGGUCAAACAAUUAUAAGUGUAUAUUAUUUUUAAUAGUUUAUUUUUGCUGUAUGAAAACCUAAAAAUUCUUUUAUUCCCACCAAGUGAUGUAUAUUUCCAGAAUGCUUUAAAAUUUACUAAUUUGUUGUAUUCAUUUUGAAAACUACACUGCCAUAUUUUACUUGGUUCGAAACCCAUGAGGGCUUCAUUGUAGUCUGGUAUCUAGGAUAGAUAGCAUGAGCAAAUUGCCCAGUAGAGGCAUGGAGGUGGUAGAGGCAAGUACAUAGACAUCCCAUAGUUGUUAUGAUGUUAGUUUGGACAUUAAAGUGUAGAUUGUGGACUUUGUGUGUGUCAUAGUUGAUGACAACAUCAAUGUCUUGUAUGGAUACACACUAUGAACUAAAGGCCUGAGAUUUGGGUCUUGAAAGGGCGGUUGCAGCGAAGUUGUUUUUCUAUUUUUCUAUUCAGUGCAUCCCGGUGAGGUAAUGUACUUUUCUACUUCAAAGGGCACCAAGGGAUUGACCAGGGGGCAAAGAGCCAAUUGCUUCUGUUGCUCUGAGAAGUAUCAGGCCUGAACUUGACCCUUGACCCUUAGCCAUAACAGUCAAGACCAUUUAUGAUGACCUAUUACACAUCCACAUUAAUAAUAGAAUAUUUCAAGGUGAUUUAUUAUUUUGUUUAAAAAAAGCAAAUUAAGUUCUUCAUUUCAACCUAAAUCAUGAACAGCCAAAAUACUGAAAACUAAACCUGAGGUGUGGGAAUUUUAAUCAUAUAAUUUGGAACAGUGGAACAGAAAUAUUCACAUCAUUAAUUAAACUUGUAGGCCAAUUACAUACUAAUAAAUGGCAUUGGCAAGCACAACAUAAAGCAAAGGGGCCAUACACGAAGUUGUUGAGCUGUUAUUUUUUUUUAUUCUUGAUUUUGUUGGGCAAUUACAAUACAAAAUCUAUAAUGUCUCAUAUGCCCAAUGUAGUGUCUUGCGCGCCAGGAAGUGCCCUGGAUUGCACCAAGUCACUCAUUUGUAAACAAAGUGUCACAGUCUACAAUAUAUAGAGUCUUAAAUAAAGCUAGAUAAAAUAAAAGAAAACUACUAGAUUAGCAGCUUCUUUCAGUUUAUAAGAUAAUGUUAUCAUGCAAACCCUUAAAAGAAUAUGCAACAAUGUUUCCAUAAUAAAUCAUUCAUAAAUCAAUGUAGAGGUGAUUAACAUGAUGUGUUUCGAUUUUUAGAGAAUUCUUUAUAAAAAUUAUUUUGAAAUAAGGCUAUAACAAAUUUUAUAAAACAGAUCAUAUUUUAUCAAUUAACCACAGAUCAGUGCCAAAUAAUCUGCCCAUGCUUUGUACAGUUUUUUUUAAUAACAACAUUUUAAGGAAUCAAAUAUUAUAAUUAAUAACAUCAUUAACUUCGUAUUUGCAAAAAUUGAUUUGGUUUAAUUUAAUUGUUGGUUUGGAUGCACUGUUAUUACUUUUUACAUUUUGUGAAUUCAUUUUAUGAAGACUGCAGCUUCGUUUUUUAUUUUAUUUGAUUGAUGUUGGUAUAAAGAUAUAUUAUUAUUAUUAUUCAUAAAUUUAACUUUGAACGCAAUGCACUUACAGUUUUAUUAGUCGAUGUUUUCAAUACUUUUUACAUUUUAUUCUUUUUCAAGUUAUGUUAUGAACCAUUGAAGUUUUUUUAACUAAACUUUGUUUUGUUGUAUGUGUUUGUUUUGUAUUCACUUUGCAGUUGUUCACCCACCUACCCUUGCUAUACUAAUCAUAUCAUUGGUCAAAUAUCUAAUCAUUUAUUGUGUUACGUAAAGGCACUGGACACCUGCAUUAAAUAACAAACCUGUGAAACUUUUACUCAAUUGGUAAUCAAAGUUGCAAGGGAAUAAUAAAAGCUCUGUGUGUUUUCGGAUGCAUGAUAAAAGGCUUCAGCUGCAGUCUUUUUUUUAUUUGUUUGAGAAAUUACCUCAUUCUCAAAAACUAUGCGCAAUGU